AAGAUUGUUUAUGCCAAGUUUAAAAAAAUUCUGGAUUGUGGAACUAUUUCAAAGGAAUUACAUUAAGCCUCAUGUCUAAGCCAGCUCAUACAGUAAACACGGCACGUACGAAUCUUUCACUUAAAGCUUUCACUAAGCCUUCGUAUACCGUGUAAACACGGCGCUUUCAAUCUUUUUAAUUAGGCCUCAUGUCAUAUCCUUCCCAUACCAUAAACACGGCAACCCAAUCUUUCAUUCACGUUUCAUAUUUCAGCCUCCGUAUAAACAAGGCACGUACCAAUCUAUCACUUACGUUUCAUAGCCUCUGCAUACCAUGUAAACACCUUACAUACCUGUUAUGUCAGCGGUCUGCUUGAUCUAUUCGCUUUGUUUUCCGACAAAAUAACCAAUUCAAUAGAUAACGAUUAUUCUGUUGUAAAAACCGUGUUUCUUGUCUGAUGCCAUAAAGAUAUAACAAGAAUUGGCAAAUGCUUUUAUCCUCCAAAAUUCCCUAAUGUUUCGUCUGUGUCUCUACCUGCUCUAUUCACUAACUUCUCCGACAUCGAUAACGAUAACGAUUAUGUUGUAUAAAGCCGUAUUCACCGUCUGAUGCUAUAAAAACAUCAAAUUAAGGCUCAGCGUCUCGACAACGCACAUACACUAGACUCCAUUUGUGAUAAAAAUCAGGCAAAAUUUAUGUAUUUCUCAUUUUAAUAACGGCGUAAAUUUUUUUUUGGCAAUCCCUUUUUUCGACAACCAACAAUCAGGUCUACUGAUAAAAGAUACUUCGGAUAGAGUACUAAAUUUCUAAUUGCCAGCUUUUAAAAAGUUUCAGUAUUAGGCUAAGCCACAUAAUUUUCUAUAAAAAAAAAACUAGACAAAAUACCAUAUAAUCGGGAAUUCACGAAAUGCUUAGUGGCAUCUGCCGCUCCCACGGACCCCCCCCCCCCCCUCUUCCUACAGUUGGGUAUAAUGAGCAAAAGGCCGAUGUACGAGUCACGUGGUAAAAAAGGGCCUAAAAAACACUGCAUGUGGAGGGUGUUGUUGUCAGAUUACUACAGCUGUGUGAAUUAGUGUUUCAACCGUCUAUACAUUGGGAAGAGUAGAGACAGGGAGGAUCAAAAGGUUUAAGUGAUGAUUUCAGAAAACUUCACGACGCUUCCCAUUCCACUCCAGUACUCCGAGCCCAACGGACUGCGCUACUUCCGUCUCUUCUUAUUCGGACUCAUCACUGUCGGCUCGUUGCUUGGCAACACAAUCGUAGUCAGGUCAAUCACUUCCAUCGCGUAUCGCAAGCCCUUCACCUACCACAUGGUCACGUGUCUUGCCACCGCAGAACUGGUCAGCAGUCUCUUGCUGCCUUUUAUUCUUAUUUACGAAGAGGCACAGACUUGGCCUUUCGGAGAGACCAUGUGCCAUCUCGUGAGCCCUGGCCAAAUAACCGCUGGCCUUGUGGUCACGUGGUCUCUUGCGAUAAUAUCGAUCCAUAGAUAUCGCUCAUUGGCUAACUAUCAGCAAUUCGUGUUUGGGAGAUUUCAGAACUGGGUCAUCGGUCUGAUGUGGGCCAGUGCGACUCUCAUUACAUUCCCGUCAUAUCUGUACUCCACGCUUGUCAAAUCUCCUUACGACAAUGUGAAAUACUGGUGCCUUGUGAUGUUUGAGGGAGACACACUCAAAACGUUUCCCUCGCAAUCUUACAUGACUUAUUUGCUAUUCCGCUUCGCCGUCACCUAUAUAAUCCCCGUUCUUACAAUGUUAACAUCGUAUGGGUCGAUAGGGCUAAAACUCAAGUACCAUAUGUCGGCAAACCAUUGCUGUGAGUCGCAGCAAACGGUUCAUACCUCGGUAAGCGGCUUCGAGCUCGCAGCAGUCAACAAGACCGAGACGUCACGCCCGGGAGAUGACGUUACAGGAACAGAAAACCCUGGCCAGCCAAUGGAGGUGCACGACGGUGGUGUACCUCGGGGAUCGAGUCAAGAUGAUGGGUCCCCGUUAGCGCGUGGUAAAGUGUUGAUCGAACUUGAGCAGGACUUGUUGAGAAUGAUUUACGUCAUUGUCUUGAUAUUCAUCGUGUGUUAUUUUCCGUAUCAGCUGUUCUUUCUUUUGGAGUACUUCCAGGUUCUCUCCUUCACAAACUGGAAAUAUUUUGAAGUCACGCGGAAGUUCAUAUUCUUGACCACGUGUUUCCCCAGUGCGUUACACCCAUUGUGUUACGGGACAAUGAGUAAGUUCUACGGGAAAGCUUUCUCUGCGAUAAUUCUAUGCAAGAAAGAUAGGCGGGUCACGCAACUCGCAUAGGUACAGAUGUGCAAGAGGACACGGCACGUCGUUGUUUAGAAGAGAAAUCAAUUGAUAAUUGGAACGAGGAAGUCACGUGACUAGAUGAUGUACAAACGAACCGAAGUCAUAUCCCCCAUGGUUAUGGGGGGAGGGGGUAGCAACUGAUGCUCAAGGUCAUAUCCCCUAUGGGUAGGGGACCACUGACGAACAUGUAAUAUCCCCUAUGGGUAGGGGACCACUGACGAACAAGGCAUAUCCUCUAUGGGUAGGGAGACCACUGACGAACAAGUAAUAUCCCCAAUGGGUGGGGUGACCACUGACAAACAAGUAAUAUCCCCUAUGGGUGGGGAGACCACUGACGAACAAGUAAUAUCCCCUAUGGGUGGGGUGACCACUGACGAACAAGUAAUAUCCCCUAUGGGUGGGGAGACCACUGACGAACAAGGCAUAUCCUCCAUGGGUGGGGAGACCACUGACGAACAAGUAAUAUCCCCUAUGGGUGGGGUGACCACUGACGAAAAAGGCAUAUCCUCUAUGGGUAGGGAGACCACUGACGAACAAAUAAUAUCCCCUAUGGGUGGGGUGACCACUGACGAACAAGUAAUAUCCCUUUGGGUGGGGUGACCACUGACGAACAAGGCAUAUCCCCUAUGGGUGGGGAGACCACUGACGAACAAGGCAUAUCCUCCAUGGGUGGGGAGACCACUGGCGAACAAGUAAUAUCCCCUAUGGGUGGGGUGACCACUGACGAAAAAGGCAUAUCCUCUAUGGGUAGGGAGACCACUGACGAACAAAUAAUAUCCCCUAUGGGUGGGGUGACCACUGACGAACAAGUAAUAUCCCUUUGGGUGGGGUGACCACUGACGAACAAGGCAUAUCUCCUAUGGGUAGGGAGACCACUGACGAACAAGUAAUAUCCCCUAUGGGUGGGGUGACCACUGACGAACAAGGCAUAUCCCCUAUGGGUAGGUAACCACUUAUGAACAAGUAAUAUCCCCUGUGGGUGGGGAGACCCCUGACUAAAACAAGUAAUAUCCCCUAUGGGUGGGGAGACCACUGACGAACAAGUAGUAUCCCUUAUGGGUAGGUGACCACUGACGAACAAGGCAUAUCCUCUAUGGGUAGGAAGACCACUGACGAACAAGUAAUAUCCCCUAUGGGUGGGGAGACCACUGACGAACAAGGCAUAUCCUCUAUGGGUAGGGUAGCCACUGACCAAGUCAUGUUUCUUUGCCCCAAGAAGCUUUUAUAGACAAUGUUGUCUUCUUUUAUAAAAAUGUUAAUUCACUACAUAGAUGUCAAUACUGCAUUGACUGCCAUAACCAUAUACAAUAGUUGUGACACUAACAAUUUUCCAUUUUCUUAUAGUUUUAAUAGUGAAAUAGUCUUAUAAGUGAAAUAGGUGUAUAAGAAAGCCUUUGGAAGAUUUAGAUUCAAAUCAAUAAAUAUAAAUUAUAUUACUUGUAAAGUUAUUAACGUUUAACAACUUAUUCAGCUGUAAAUAAACAAGGCAAGUGAAAUAAAUUACACUGCAUUCAAUAUUUUAGUUUAGAGACAUAUUAAUGUGAAACGUUUCUAAAAAUAAAUUCUAGAAAGUUU